AUGGGCUCUACGGAAAACGGACACACUACCGACCGCCGGUUCGGAACACUGGCUGUUCACGCCGGUGCACCUCACGACCCUGUGACCGGCGCUGUCAUUGCACCGAUCUCCCUGUCGACCACAUAUGCUCAGACCAGUGUUGGAAACCCUGUUGGUCUGUACGAGUACACACGAAGCUCUAACCCCAACCGUGAUAACUUCGAGCAAGCUGUUGCAGCCCUCGAGCACGCCAAGUACGCUCUUGCUUACUCUUCUGGCUCCGCUGCCACUGCCAACGUCCUCCAGUCCCUUGCCGCUGGCUCGCACGUCGUUUCGGUCUCCGACGUUUAUGGCGGUACUCACCGUUACUUCACCAAGGUUGCCUCGGCACACGGUGUCGAGGUCUCCUUCUCCCCCUCCAUUGAGACCGAGCUGGAGAAAAUGAUCCGUCCCGAGACUAAGCUCAUUUGGAUCGAGACUCCCUCCAACCCCACUCUUGGCUUGGUGGAUAUCCGGGCUGUUGCCGACAUUGCCCACCAGCAUGGCAUCCAGGUCGUCGUCGAUAACACUUUCAUGAGCCCCUACGUCCAGAACCCUCUGGAUCACGGUGCUGAUAUUGUUGUUCACUCCGUGACCAAGUACAUUAACGGUCACUCGGAUGUCCUCAUGGGUGUUGCUGCCUUUAACUCCGAGAGCCUCAAGGAGCGCCUCGGCUUCCUCCAGAACGCCAUUGGCGCUGUUCCCUCCGCCUUUGACUGCUGGCUCGCUCACCGUGGUCUCAAGACCCUGCACCUGCGCGCCCGCGAGGCUUCCAAGAACGCCACCGUCAUUGCCAAGGCUCUGGAGGCCUCUCCCCACGUCAUCUCCGUUAACUACCCCGGUAUUGACUCCCACCCCCAGCGCGCUAUUGCUCUCAAGCAGCACCGCGACGGUCUCGGCGGUGGUAUGCUCAGCUUCCGCAUCAAGGGUGGCCAACAGGCUGCACACGAUUUCUGCAAGUACACCAAGGUCUUUACGCUGGCCGAGAGUCUGGGUGGCAUUGAGAGUCUGUGCGAAGUGCCUUCCAGCAUGACCCACGCUGGUAUCCCCAAGGACCAGCGCGAGGCUGCCGGUGUCUAUGAUGAUCUUGUGCGCAUGAGCUGUGGUAUUGAGGACUCUAUUGACCUUCACGCCGAUGUGAUGCAAGCUUUGGCUCUUGUGUCUAAGGCUUAA